AUGAGCACUUUGUCCACUACAUUGCUCACAUUAAUCAUCAAACUUUUGGAAGAAAAAAAAAGUAACAUUGCGAAUCCAAAUCAAAUUGAAUUGAACUCUGCGAAUCCAAAUCAAAUCGAAAGAGAGCUUGUUAAACUUCAAAAGAAGUGCAAGACAACACUUGAUAGGACAAAGCAGGAGGAAAAACUGCAAUUAUUGAUCAUAAUUUUGCCUGAUUUUAAGGGUAAAUCAUAUGAUAGAAUAAAGCGUAAAUGUGAGACUGACUUGAGAAUAAUUUCCCAAUGCUGUCAACCGCGACAAACGGUGAAGAUGAAAAAGCAAUAUCUUGAAAAUUUGGCGUUAAAGAUCAAUGUUAAGUCUAGAGGCCGUAACACGAUGUUGAAUGAUGCAUUUGAGAAAAUAAUUCCUCUAGUGAACACAAACACUCCUUGCUGUUUUUUCUUGCAUCAACUUUGCACCCUUGUAUUGUAG